CUAUAUAACCAUCCCCUUUUCUCAAAACCCUAACAGCACACAAAUUUGUUGAGAGAGACUUUGAUUCUACUUGGGGAAUGCAGAGAGAUGAGAGGAGACUCGCGCCUGUCUAACAGAGGAAGGGCCAAACGACCCAUCGGCGGCAGAACUUGCCACCGGAAACACGUUGAAGACGGAAGCAAUUCGUCGAACAGAUCAUGGCGACGGAGGAUCGGAACAACGGUGUGUUACAUGGCAAAUACGAGCUCGGCCGGCAGCUAGGACAUGGCACCUUUGCGAAGGUGUACCACGCGAGGAACGUGCAUACCGGGAAAAGUGUGGCGAUGAAGGUCGUGGGGAAGGAGAAGGUUAUUAAGGUUGGUAUGAUGGAUCAGAUCAAGCGAGAGAUUUCGGUGAUGAAAAUGGUACGGCAUCCUAACAUCGUUGAACUAUAUGAGGUCAUGGCGAGUAAAUCUAAGAUCUAUUUCGCCAUGGAACUCGUUAGAGGUGGCGAGUUGUUUUCCAAAAUUGCGAAGGGCCGGCUACGGGAGGAUGUUGCAAGAAGCUACUUCCAACAGCUCAUAUCUGCCGUUGAUUUUUGUCACAGCCGAGGCGUGUACCACCGAGAUCUGAAGCCGGAAAACCUGUUGCUUGAUGAGGAAGGUAAUUUGAAGGUGACUGAUUUCGGUCUCAGCGCUUUUUGCGAUCAUCUCCGGCAGGACGGACUGUUACACACAACGUGCGGGACUCCGGCGUAUGUCGCACCUGAAAUAAUCGGGAAAAAAGGAUACGAUGGCGCUAAAGCCGAUAUCUGGUCCUGUGGAGUCAUUCUUUACGUCCUCCUCGCCGGAUUUUUACCUUUUCAGGACGAAAACAUCGUCGCAAUGUACCGGAAAAUCUACCGAGGAGAUUUCAAGUGUCCUCCGUGGUUAUCAUCCGACGCACGCAAAUUGAUCACGAAACUAUUAGAUCCAAAUCCGAGUUCUCGAAUUACCAUCUCGAAGAUCAUGGAAUCACCCUGGUUUAAGAAGGCGGCACCGAAGAACCCUAAGUUUUUGCUGGAAGAUGAAGGAGUCCAGCUCAAAGGCAAAGAAGCUGAAACUCUGAAUGCAUUUCACAUAAUUUCGUUAUCAGAAGGAUUCGAUUUGUCGCCAUUAUUUGAAGAAAAAAAGAGAGAGGAAAAGGAAGAGAUGAGGUUCGCCACCACAAAGCCGGCGGAGGCAGUGGUGUCAAAGCUGGAGGAGGUGGCGAAAUCCGUCAAGUUCAGCGUCAGGAAGAGCGGCGACGAGAGCAGUGUGAGAUUGCAGGGACGUGAAAUCGGAAGGAAAGGAAAGUUAGGGAUAGCGGCGGAGAUCUUCGCCGUGACGCCGUCGUUUUUAGUGGUAGAAGUGAAGAAAUCUAGCGGCGACACCCUGGAGUACAACCAGUUCUGCAGCAAGGAGCUCCGGCCAGCGCUUAGAGACAUCGUCUGGAGGUCCGCCGCCGAUCACACUUUUCCGGCGUGAAAAUUUUAUCAUAUAAUUGUUUAAAAAAAUUAUAUAAUGAUUAAAUCUUAUCAUGUGUUUUGUGUUGAAUCGAAUAAUUUCGUGAUUCAGAAUCAUCCUUCAUGUGACUUGAGAUCUUAGUGUCAUCGUGAUUCGUGAAUCUCUUUUCACCCCUCAUUUAAUUAUUGGUGUUGUC